UGCUAUACUUAGUCUACUCAGUGGCUGGUGAGAGAUCCCUCACCUCAGCGCUACAUUCUCAUUCCCUGUGAAUAUAAAACCUCCACCAUCGACCUGCUGCCACCAUUUGCCUGUUGUGUUGUAGCCCAGUUUGAAUACAUCCAAAGCCAUGGCCAUGCUCAGAGUGUCUUCUUAUCGUAAGCUGUUUGAGGAUGAUAACUGGAGUCGAAACGGAGGGUUGAGUAUACAGUGUGCAGGGCAGUACCGGGCCUCCGUCAGGGGUGCGGCCGUUGACGAGUGCCACUGUGACAAGUUAGACUUCGUAGCAGCCAAGGCCCUCAACAAGGAGGGUCUGAACCGGUUUGUCCAAGACCGCACCAUCAUCGCUGCCCUCAAUGACCGCCUGGUCAGGCUUAUUGAACUGGCCCAUUGUUUUGAGGAAGAGAAUGAGUCUCUUGAAUGUCAGAUUGUUGAACUAGAGGAGAAGCUGAACAGUCGAAAAGCCUCCCCCAGCAUCACCUCCACUGUGGCUGAGCCUGACUACAGUCUGGAUGCAGUGGUGGAGAGACUGCGCAGGGAGAGGGAUGAGACUCUGUGUGACACCCAGGAGCUGCAGAAAGUGCUUGAACGUCUGAUGAAAGAGUACGAGAAGGCUGCACAACAGAGGGUCCUCUUCCAGCAGGAACGACAAGAUAUUGCUGAGGAAGUGGAUGCUGUGACAGCAGAGUGUUUGGCACUGAGGGAGCAAGUGGCUAUCUAUGAGGAGCAGCUGGCCAACAUGGAGACCCAGCACAAGACGACAGUGGAGAGUCUGCUGGAGCCAGCUGAAUGGACUACAGGAGCGGUGGCAGCUAUUAAAUUUGGCAGCCCUGACAUCACUCCGGCCUUGGAUGUAAAGGAGUAUUACUGCCAGCUGGCUGAGAGCCUUCAGUACGAGUGUGGUGCAGCCUCUUCUGCUGUGGUUCGCAGUGGUGAUGGAAGACAACUGGAAGUGGGAGGAGCUGUAGGGUCAAGAGUCAAAGACUUGCCAAAGAUGAAGGACAUCGGUGAGAUGAAGAUGCUGGUUUCAGAGCUACAAAAGGAGCUUGCUGAGCUCGAGAAGUGUAACGAGGAGCUGGAGGACGAGGUUGAGAUGAAGAAGGCUGCGUACAUGGACGAGAUUGCUGAGCUCGAGUGUACUAUAGAUGAAAUGCAGAACCAGGAGGCCGACUUCCAAGUGCAGAUGAAGGAGCAGUGUGAAGACUACAAGGAGCUGCUCAGUGAAAAGAUGGCUAGAGACAUGGAAAUUGCUGCCUACAGGAGUCUGGUGGAGGAAGAGGAGGAGAGGCUGUGCAACCUGUGAUUUGAGGCCGGAGAAUCAGACUGGCUGCCUGGAGUGUGGCUGGAUGCUCUCCCACACAUAGAUUAGAAAAUACACAAGAGAGAAAUGAAAAAAACACACAGCCAAAUAAGCACUAGGAUGAAGCUUAAGGUACCAAUGCAGCAGUUUAAGCAGAUGUAAACUUAUCAUGACAGAUUAAUGCCUUCUGGAGGCCUAAGCCGGGUCAUUGAUAACAGGUCGCUGGCAGAUGACCCUGAGACUCUAAGAAAGAUGGAGUUGUCUAAAACUGGUGGGAGGAUGGGGGUCUGUGUGAUGAGUGUGUAUCCAUUCAGUGUCUGGCAGGGCUAUUUCCUUAAGUGGGUUUUAUCUUUACCAGCUCACUGAUAUGAUUCAUAAAUGUUUUGUCCCCUCCGUGUUGAACAAGUCCCACACAAACACAUAGAAACACAGAUACAGACACACACGCAAGCUAAACUGUGCGGCUCCACCUCGUCCAUCACUCAAACUGUGUCUGAUUACCAGCUCUUAACCCUUGACCCCCUCACUGUUCGCAAACGUAUUGACAGCUCUCCAUUUGGUAACUAAAAGCAUCCCACCAUCCUUUUGCUUUUACAGUCAUGGAUUCAUGUUGUUGUUGUUUUUUUUGUUUAGUUUUUUUUUUUUUUUACAUAUAACUGACAGUCAAGUGUGCAGCGCACUGUUUGCUUUUCAAAUGGUUCAUGAAGUUGUUUUUCUGCAGCUCUUACAAAACGAGCACCUGGAUCUUUCUACAAGAAAAUCCUGUGCGAUUCAUUAUUUCUCCUUUUGAAAAGCAAUGUCCCAAUUUUCUGUCCUUUCAGAAAUAAGCAUUUGGUAAUACAUUCCUCUGUAAUCUUUUCCUUAUUUUCUACAUGACUUUCAAGCCGUCUGUAAUAAAUCAUUUUUGGUUCCUGCUUCUUGCACAAGUGUCAGAAUGUGCUUUAGAUUGAAAUGAAAUAAAACUAGUUGCUUGAGA